AUGGAAGAAUCAACUGCUACUUCUGAUGUAGGUAGCCUUGAAAAAGGGUUAGAUAUCGGGAUGCCUAGGGAAAAGAAGGGGGGGCUCCCCAAGGAUGCUAUCCCUAGUUUUCCAGAGGGAGGAUUCAGGGCAUGGCUUACGGUUUCAGGAGCGGCUGCAGCCUUAUUUGUUUCCUUUGGGUGGGUCAACUGCAUAGCGUUGUUCCAGGCAAACUAUGAAAUGAACCAGCUCAAGGGGUAUCCUAGGUCUACCAUUUCAUGGAUCACAUCAAUGGAAUUCUUUUUCAUGAUGUUCAUGUCACCGGUGGCAGGGAGACUGUUCGAUAGGUAUGGCCCGCGGGUACCACUGCUCGUUGGAACAGUAUUGCAUGUUCUGGGCCUCAUGAUGGCAAGCAUUUCGACCAAGUACUAUCAGUUUGUGCUUAGCCAAUCUGUAUGCUCAGGAAUAGGGGCUUCUUUUAUUUUCAACCCAGCAAUGGCCGCACCUCAAACAUUCUUCCGAGAGAGGAGGGGCCUCAUUGCCGGCCUGACUGUUGCAGGCUCAUCCUUAGGCGGGGUAAUAUUCCCGCUUAUGGUUCAGCAUCUCCUCCCAGUGGUAGGAUUCGGCUGGACCAUGCGAAUAUGCGCCUUUUUAAUCCUUGGAUUGCUCAUAUAUGCUGAUUUGACGAUCACGUCGAACUUCAACCAUGGCCCGCGUCCUUUCAAGUUAGUGAACUAUUUCCUUCCGUUGAAGGAGUUGAACUUCAACAUCAUGUGGUUUUCCAUGUUCUUUUUAUUCUUAGUGUCUGCCAUUCAUUAUGGCAUGCCACAAAGCCUGGCCUAUUCGCUUGUACCCGUUCUCAAUGGCGCCAGUUUUAUCGGCCGUACAGUGCCCAACUAUGUCGGCGAUCGUAUUGGGCGAUUCAACGUCAUGAUCAUAAUGACGCUAUUCUCAGCUAUACUCGUGCUGGCGCUCUGGCUUCCAGGCAGGAGUACAGGUGCCAUAUUUGCAUUUGCAGCUUUAUUCGGAAUCAGCUCUGGUGCCGGAAUAGGGCUCGGGUUACCAUUGAUAGCCGCCGUAUCUCCAAUGAAGGAGCUCGGGUACCGGAUGGGAAUGAUCGUGUCCAUUGCCUCUAUUGCCACGCUCACCAGCCCUCCAAUCGGCGGAGCAAUCGUGGCGCGAGAUAGCGGCAGUUUCACGUAUCCAUGCGUCUUCUCUGGAGUAAGCUUCUUCGUGUCGCUAGUUGGCUAUACCGCGCUACGAGUCCGGUUAGGAGGCUCAAAACUCAGGGCUAGAAUAUAA